AAAUCUUGAUCUGGUUUCAUUAGUCAUGAACACACAAUAAUUUUGGAAGAACAAUUCAAAUCUUAGAGAUCAUUUUUAACUCAUUUCUAGACACCAUUUUCAAUUGUAGCCUCUUAACUUCUUCAUCUUCCAUUCAUUUGUAAUCUUCAGGUGUGUACUCAUCAAUACUUGACCAUGACAAAUAUGACCGUUAAAGAAUGUUGUUGUUUCUUGAAGAAACUUAGAAACCCGAGUCGAGCUAUACAACACGCGCGUCUUGCUUCCGAGACAUUAUUUAGUAUUAAUGAGAUAGAGGCAUUGUAUGAUCUUUUUGAGGGAUUAAGCUAUGCUAUUAUUGAAGAUGGUCGUAUUCACAAGGAAGAGUUUCUGCUUGCACUUUUCAGCAAUAGCAGCAUGCAGAAUUUUUUUGCAGAUAGACUGUUUGACACAUUUGACAUCAAGAAAAACGGAGUAAUUGAGUUUGACGAAUUUGUUCGUUCGCUAAGCGUUUUCCACCCGGAUGCACCUGAAUCAGUCAAAAUCGAAUUCAUGUUUAGAUUGUAUGACUUGAAGCACAACGGUUUCAUAGAACGUGACGAGUUGAAGGAGAUGGUUUUGGCUCUUUUGAGUGAAAUGAAUGUUGAUUUAUCAGAAGAUGCAGUUGAAGGUAUCUUAAAUAAGACAAUUCUGGAUGCGGAUCUGAAUGGAGACGGAAAGAUCGAUAUAGAAGAGUGGAAGAUAUUCGUCUCGAAAAAUCCAUCCAUUCUCAAGAAUAUGACACUUCCCCUUCUAAGGGAGAUCACUCAAGCGUUUCCAAACUUCGUGAUACAUACCAAAGUCCGAGAACUAGAAGUAGUAGUAUGAGAAGCGAUAUAGCCCGUAUUUCUCAAGUAUUUACUUUUUUCAUUAAUUUUCUUGUUCUACAAGUUCUAUGCAUUUCGGGUUUUUAUUAUAUGUUCAUGUGAAACAAAAAAAAUCAAAGUUAACAUAUUGGACAUUUAGUUCCAAACCGCCUGUUUGAAUCAUUUAGUUGGUUCUAACGCUAUUAUUAUUCAUGAUGGUUCUUAAUG